GGUGCCGAAUCAAACACACUUUCUGCAAGCAAUCACUCAGUUCCAGUGUAAAUUCUUCCAAAGCGCAAUCAAGAUGAGCAUCAGCGGAAUUCCGGUGGGAGGACCCGGACCUGUAAUAGGAGGCGGAACGUUGGACCCCUCCAAAUGGUCGUCACCUAGACCUGCAACUGCUGAUAUUCAGAACAUCUGUGACGGUGUCCGUGGUCUGGUCGAGUCGGCUUACAAUGGCAACAAACCGUUCCAUGACUUUACCGCUACGUCCUACAUCAGCCGAGACACUGAUGAUGGUCUCCUCGUACGCGCCAAGGUGUGUAUAAAUCCUCUUGCCCAAAUUCGCCUUCAAGUGAAAAGAAGGGGUAGCGCGCCUCACUUCGAAGCAGCUGAGGCAUUCUGCGAUGGCAACUUGCAAGAGGGACCUCAAUAACCAAUGCACAGGAUGUGUUCCAUCACUUAUCACUUUUCAUUCUUUUCGAGAAUAGAGCUUUUGUGUACACCCCAAGUUCCUUCUGACAUGUCAUCCACUGCACUACUGCUUUGACACGCACAAGGUCAAUUUCCCAAUAAGUGUCUAGUUGGUCAGAGAUACAUGUAGUUGCACAACAAUAUUCUUAUUAAUGUUGCGUAUUGUGCUUUACGUUUCACAUCUUCUUUGAAUUGGUGUUGGAAUUUAAUGGCAGUGAGAUGCUACGGUACAAUUCCAA